AUGAAUAAGAGCUCAAAAGACAAGUCCAAGGAAGACAAAGAGGGAGGCGGAAGUGGUGGGGAAGUGAAAUACCGGGGAGUUAGGCGGCGGCCGUGGGGAAAAUUCGCAGCGGAGAUUCGGGAUUCAAAUAAUAAUGGGAACAGAUUGUGGCUGGGAACAUUUGCCACUGCAGAAGCCGCAGCAAGAGCAUAUGAUCAAGCUGCUUAUACAAUGAGAGGUUCUUUAGCAAUUCUUAAUUUCCCUCAUGAAUAUCCUUCUUUAUCGGCUUCUUCUUCUUCGUCGAUUGGGAAGCAAAGUGAAGAUGGGAAUUCGAAAGAAGUAUUCGAAUUUGAGUGCUUAGAUGACAAGUUGUUAGAGGAUCUUCUUGAACCCGAAGAGAACAAAACUGGAAAAUAG